CUGCAGCUCUGCGUUGCUCUCAUCCAAGCCUCGUCCCUCCAUCGUCCUUGCUGACGCUCCAUCAUCUGAAUCCAUAUAGGUGUGGAGAGUUGAUUUACUGACCAUCAUGGCUGUUCUUUCGUCACCUCUCCUCUUCAUUUCAUCAAUUCCUAUCGUGACGCGGUCAUUCACUGCGGCGACUGUCAUAUUCUCUCUGUUUUACGCCUGGCUGCGAUGGAAGGAUGUCGGUUCAACGCCAUAUUUGACUCUUGUUCCUGGGUCGAGUAUCUUUUAUCCAUGGACAUUCGUAACAUCGGCUCUAGUUGAGACGAGCAUCUAUGAGUUUGUGGUUACAAUAAUCUUCGUGCCUGCGUCCUUGAAAUACCUCGAACGACUAUGGGGAAGCAUUGAGACACUCAAAUUCAUUGUGGCUUCUGUGGGAAUCUCGAAUAUCAUUGGUUUUGCGUUCAACUGGAUAGAGUUCGUUGCCACGAAGAAUGCGGACCUUUUUCUGUAUGGAAUGGAAUAUCAUGGCCAGAUGUCGUUGCAAAUUGCGCUCCUCGUUGCAUUCACACAGUUGAUACCCGAGCAUCAGGUUCAGGUUAUGGGUGUGCUUAAGACCCGUGUCAAGAACCUCCCCAUGGCUUACCUGACGCUUUCAACUGUUAUGACCAUCAUCGGAUUCCAAUGUCCCUGGAUAAUCAUUCAGUUUGGCUGGUAUGUCAGCUGGGUGUACCUCCGCUUCUACAAGAAGAAUGCCAGCGAUACUGUUGGUGGGACCGACACAUACGGUGAUAGAAGUGAAACAUUCUCCUUAGUAUCUUGGUUUCCACCAUUCCUGCACUACCCACUCACUUUACUUGGAAACUUCGUCUUUUCUACGGCCAACCGUUUCCAUCUUAUACCUACAACCCAUGGUGACUUGGAAGGCGGGUUGUAUAGCCAAGUGCCUGGCAGUGCUAGAGCUGAAGCUGAGAGGAGACGUGCCAUGGCCCUGAAGGCUCUUGAUCAAAGGCUAGCAAAUACCUCCUCGCCAGUCGGCUCCACAUCUGCGAAUGGAGUAGCACUUCAGACUCCUCGCCCUCCUCCAGCCGCCGCUCUCUCCCGAGGGGAUGGUGUUGCUAUGCCCUCGCCCUCGUCAAAGGACCAUUUAAAUGGUAAAAAGAGUGUCGGGGAAUCGGAUAUAGGUGAUGCGGGUCAAACGGAUAGUCGGUAGAGCUUUAUAUGGAUUCUUCCUCUCUUCCUGUACAUCUCAAAAACUUUGUUACGCCAGUCUACUUGUCUACGUCUCACCUAUUUUAUGUUAUGUUCAUGAACACAUUGAAAAAAUCGUUCUUCUAAGGCUCCAGAUGUUACUUAUUCAAGGGCU